AUGCUUAUCGGAGGUACAGUCUCCACUCCUCCGGCUUCUCUCCGGUUAAGGUCCACCCUGAACCCACAAAACGCAGUCUCACAGUCAUCGCAAGCGGCGUUUCCGUCGCCGGUCCCACGACAGCCGGCGAGCUACUCGAUCACCGACGAUGAUUUAAAGUCGAGAGGCUUUCUCUUCCGCCGAACGGCGGAGGGACUGAACCUAGAUCAGCUGAAUUCGGUCUUCGUGGCCGUGGGGUUCCCACGGCGAGACACGGCGAAGAUCGAGGUGGCGCUGCAGCACACCGACGCGAUGCUGUGGGUGGAGUACGAGAAAACGCAGCGGCCGGUGGCGUUCGCUAGGGCGACGGGAGACGGAGUUUUCAACGCAAUCAUAUGGGACGUGGUGGUGGAUCCGUCGUUUCAGAAUCUGGGGCUCGGGAAGGCGGUGAUGGAGCGGCUGGUCGAGGAUUUGCAGAGGAAAGGGAUCUGUAACAUUGCUCUGUAUUCGGAGCCCCGAGUUCUCGGGUUUUACCGCCCGCUCGGGUUCGUCUCCGACCCGGAUGGGAUCCGAGGAAUGGUUUUUAUCCGUAAACAGAAGAACAGGAAAUGA